GGACGCUGUAACGACCUUCGGUCCGUAGCGCGUUUACAAGUGUGAUAAUAGUCUGCAUCUGAUGAUUUUGCAUAUUCAAAUGCGUUCAUAUAUUCGAGGAACACGUUAGAAGGUGUAUGGCGCAUGCAGAUCGAAUAAUUAGUAACAGGAGUGGCUUAUUUUGUCCGAACAUCUAAUUUUCGACAUCAUUAAUGCCUCAAGAUUCUUGUUUUCGGAGAUUAAAAGGAUAUACCACUAGAACCUCAGUUCAACACAGCGUGUCAUCUCUUGGUAUUGAUCUAAAAAAAGAUACACUUUCCAUUUUGCAAGAUCUCUUAACUGGCAUUUAUAAUGAUUUUAUGGUCAUCUAUCAACCUUACAAUCGAUCCGAUCCUACACUUGAUGUAUCUACACAACAAAGAAUUGUUGCUAGACUUAAUGUCCUUGUACUUAUAUCCAAAAGAGUGUUUCAGGCAUUGCCUGCUAAUUCGUCAUUAAGAAUUCCACUCUUACAGGCAGUAUAUCAUAUUUUGCGUCUUCCUCUUUGGCAUUACAAUCGAUCAUUGCGAUGUUCAGCUCUACGUUGUCUACGUUAUUAUGUACACAGUGCUCAGGAUAUGGAGCUUCUUUUGAAAUGUCGUCUAGAUCUGUUAAUCUCUCGGUGUAUGGAUUUGUCUUAUCAUCAGAGUAAUGUAGUUCCAUCAAAUAAAUUAAUUGGAAAUUCCACUUUAAGAGGAGUUGACUAUCAGCAUCAUCAUCAUCAGCCUCAUCACCACCGAGCUAGAUUUGUGAUUCCGUAUGACAGUUCUCUUGUUAGUCCUACCCCAGUUUCUUCAUAUUGUCAACCUAGUAAACAAUCACCUUCUUAUCAAGGAAAUGAAAGCAUAGAUCAACUGAAUGAAAUGUCAAGAAAAGGCGUCAGUGUUACGCGUUUCCGUCGUUCUUCCCCUGCUAAGGAUUAUUCUGGCCUCCCGAUAAAAUCCUCUCUGACAACUCGAAACACUAUUGAGUCAUCUUAUAUGCCUGGUGCUACUAGUGAGCGUCCAGCUGUCCUACGUUUAAUCUAUCAUCUUGUCAACCUUUCGCCUCAUUUAAUUCCACCGAGUUUAAUACAUGCUAUCGCUGCACCUUGUCUAGAUGCUUUGAAUUACACAAUAAUGAGUCCAGAUGAUAAACGUGGUUUUAGAGGAGGAGGAGGUGGUGGUGGCGGGGGUAGGGGUCAUGCGUGUGUUGUAACAGGUGGACUCCGACGUCGUACCUCUCCCACCGGUAUCAUUCACUAUCCACUUUGUACUGCUGGUGAUUUGCCAGGAAUUGGAAUGAAGUUAAACGAUACUAACUAUGAUACAGAGGUGGAUACGACAACCAUUCGUAGUUGUUUAUUAAUUCUGUCUGAAUUGGUGAUUUUAGCUCCGGAACGUUUGACAGUUGACACCAGCUCAUCUUUUGUCCGUCAUUCAAAGAUCAAGUCGCCUGCGUAUUGCUUCCACCAAGAAAAUGCUUCUACUGCACCUGGCAGUAAUAAUAAUAAUGCGACAAAAGAACCCCUUCCAGUUGUUGGUAGAACUAUUAUUCAUGCGUUAAUGUCAACCUUCGCGUAUACAAGUACAAUGUACACAUAUCAUUCUUCACGUAUUCACGAGGCUGUAAUGCUUACUCUCAUUACAAUCCUGAAUCGUUCAGAUUAUGCUCAAUUUCUACCCAAUAGGGUUAUAUCGAAAUUUUUUGUCGCCUAUACAUCUACAUCGCAUUCAUUGUUACAUCGAAAAUCCUCGUUUGACACUUAUCCGUCAUUUACACUCUGUGCUAGAAAUGCGCUUAUCUUGAUGUUUCGUUCAUGGCCAGGCAUUUUCCAUUUUACACGUGAUGGCGUAUCAAAUUUGAAGACGCUAUUAUAUACCUUGGCUGUAGGCAGUACAGAAAACAGAAAUCAAAUCCUGGAUUUACUGUAUAGUUUAUUUCCAACAAUUCCUGUACCUCAUCCAUCUGUGAAAGACAUGGAACCGACUAUUUUGGGUCUAAUCGAAGCUUUGUCUACUGGAUCAUCGUCUCUACUACCUGUGAUGUAUGCGCCAAAUUCGAAUUCACGGAAGAAGACGAACAUUUUCACAACUGCCGCUGCUGCUGAUGAAAUGUCAUCCCUGCCGAAAUCACGACGUUUUGUAUCUUCGAUCUUGCCGGUGAGACGACCGUCAUCAUCAUCGAAUACUUGGGAUAUUGACGGCGGUUUCAUCGCUGCUGAAGGUUGUCGUCUAUUUUCUAAGUAUGAUUCAAUUGGAUUCGAUGUCAUGAAUAAUUAUUAUGCUCUUUUGUUGGCUAUAUUGAUUCAAGCGGGGCUAUAUGAAGCACUCAUGCGUGCAAUAUCCGAUUCGAAUCAAGUGACGUCUAUUCGUGCUGGUUAUCUUCUUGGCUCAUUGGCUUACAAAGUGGAAAGUUUGUUGCCUCAUGAACAUCCGGUGUGUAAGCGUCUCCAUCAAGUUGGCCUUUUACGUCCUGAAACACCGGGCAGUCAGCUAGCUGUAUUGUGGUUAGAACGUAUACAUCGUGUGAUGCAGUCACAUGAAGCUCGUCUUCGUGACCCCUCUAAUUUCAUCAGUGUACCUUACCAUUCACCAUUUCUGGAGUGUUUAGCCAAGCGGUCAGUUGACGCCUCCUCCUCCUCCUCUCCAGCUCGUCAUUCAGCGUUCACAGACAAUAUGGAACUUACGGAUGCCACUCUGGACCAUUUGAUUGCCUCAUCGAAUGUGUUGUCAUUCAAAGCCAAAUCUCAACAUGGUCGGUUUAGUCAAUGUCAAAUGACGACCACCUCUUGUAGUAGUAAACCCCCCGAUGUUUGGGAUUGGGAUAUUUUAACCACAUUAGGUCGUCGAUUAGCUGUUACACGGACAACGUUUUCUUGGGAGUCGAAGUCACGCUCCAAAUUUUUAAGAUCUCUUAUGGAGUUUUUAACACCAGAUGAAACGUACAGAAGAGAUUUGACCAGCUCAUCGGAUAAAUAUGCUCCAGCACUGCCUACAAUCGGACGUUCCUUAUCAUCGAUUCCCAAUAAACCGUCUAUCCUCCCUGCUGAUAGUCUAUUCAAUGUUGUCAUUAAUGGUAAUCGUAGUUGUCUCCAACAAAACCUAGACUACUGUACAAAUCUUCAAGGGAUUGACCGCUUGUUGUACAAUCGAGAGAAUAAAUUAUUUAGUAAUAAUGAUAAUAUUUGUAAAGAAAUCAACCCUAAAGAUGACAAUUUUAAUCUUUUAAGUUCUCAUUUAGUCAAUUCAUCAAAUGCUUAUUUGAAUUUAGCUUGGCUUUCGCAUGAUUGGCCUCAUGCAUCCGCUGCAGGAAUUCUCGCCUCUGGGCUAAUAUCACACUUAGCGUAUUAUUCUCCGACAAGUGAACCGUCACAGUUUUUGGAUCGUUUCCUCACUGUCCUUCAUUUGUGUUUGAAAUUUACUCUGAGUAAAAUUACCACCGAUUCUUCGAUCAAUGGGGAGAAUUUACCGGAGGAGAAAUCCAGCUCUGACAACUCCAUACCGAGUAAUAAUAAUAAUAUUGACAAUACCAAUGAUAAUGCCAAUUUAAUCCUACUCUUCUCUCCAAAGUUGCUGAAUAAAAGUUGCUCUAGCCUUAUUUUAUUAGCUGCAUCCCAGCUGACUACAUCAGAUGUCGGUGAAUCCCGUCUAGAGAAAAAUGAUCUAUGCAUCGAUUUUCAAAGUAUCUUAAUGUUUCCGAGCAAGUUGAAAAGACACGGGACCUCUGUGACAACAGACAGUCAAAAGUAUUUUCUAUGCCAUGCUAAAGUUAUUCUCUCCAGUCUGGAUUAUUCUCGUCCCAGCAAAAUGAGUCGUAUGCUGCUGACAACUGCAGCUAUUCAAGGGAUAAAAGCUUUACGAAUAUACACGAUUCGAUUGAUUCGGCUGUUGUUUCGUCUGAAACUGCCAUUUUUAGCCAGUUGGUGCAUAGAUUUGGUUGUAAAGUUAUGUAUGGAUCCUUCAAAGAAAGUACGUCGUCUUGCAUUAUGCUUAUUAGAAGAAUUAUGUUGGGAUCCAGCAAAUGUACAAGCUUUGUCACAGAACAUUCUACAAAGGAAUAGUCAAACAAAAGACAAACGAAGCAGUAUUUUGACAUGCUUUGCUGCCUAUCUACUGAAUACAAACACUGGUCCAAUUGGGCAUAGAAUAUUUUCUAGAGUCCUAUCUAUUACAAAUGUAUUUGAUCAAUUGUAUAUGCAUAAAAUAAUCAAACAGCCAAAUUCAUUGGUUGGUUAUGUUUAUGAUGGACGUGAAAGGAAUAAUAAUAAUAAAUUGAAGAAUUGUCAUAUUCCUUCAGACAAUCCACACAAUGAUUUCAUCGACACAUCACCUGAUAAUGACAAAUUAUCUAGUGUUAUCAAUCCUACUCCACGUCCUCCUGGUGAUGAGGAUGAUGAUGAUCACUAUGCUGAAGUGAACGAUACCAAUGGUGACAAUGAUCAGGCAAGUAUUCUAUGUGAUCCGAUCAACUGGAUCCUAGAUAUUGCGAAAAAGUAUUACAAUGAAGCCUAUGCCAAAGAUAUGGAUACCCGCCUAACAUCAAUGUUUGUUACCUAUGAAACACGAAAAUCCACGAAUGCCUCCUAUGCUAAUGCUGAAUCACAUUCCAAAAACUUACUGUUGCCAGUCAUCAGUAUCAUGGGAUUGGAGAAAUCAUCCUAUGUGAAUUUUACAACAGACAAUGAUGAGAAUGAUCGUGAUCAUGAUGAUGAUGAUGAUGAUCUUGAAGACAGUGUUGAUCAUCCAAGUAAUACAGAGUUUACUUUUGAAGAUAAUUACUUCAUUGAAGGAGCUGAUAAUAAUGCUGAUGAUGAUGGACAUGACACUUAUUAUUUACCGCCUCCAUUAUCGACUGCUAGAUCGGUUUCGUAUCAUAAACUAUCAAAUGGUUGCGAUAGUUAUCAUUGUCUAGCCCUUUUAAAACAUCCCUAUGGAUGCUUAGCUGAACAUCGUCAUGGAAUUGACUUAUUAGAUAAGAGAAUGGAUUUGGAGCUUGCUGUUGCAAAUAUACGUGCAUAUGAAUCUCGAUUAUCCAGCAGAAAUACUACUACUGCUAUGAUGGAUGAAAAUUUCGAAAAGUUUCCUAUCAAUGAUACAAAUACACUACUUAAACUGAAAGCUGAUAUGUGGGCCUUAGCGCACGCUUGUUCAACGUCUUUUGGACAGUUGUGGUUAUCCAAACAUCCAGAGCUGGUGAAAUUAUUCACUAAUAUUACUCUUCACUCCAGUACAAUGAGUGUUAGAGCGAUAGCAUGGAUUUGUUUAAAUUUAAUUACUUCCUGUCCUAAUGGAUAUUUUCGAAAGUGCCAAGGUUCUUCAAUUUCUGCUAAAAAUCAACAGGCAUGCAGUGAACCUUUAGAUUGUGAUGAAUUGACAAAUGAUUGGCCAUUCAUCCCAUAUACUGAUAACAAUAAUAAUAAUAAUGAAAGUAGUCAUAGUAACAAGAAUAAUGCGAGUGAGAAUGUUAUUUCCGACAACCUAGAGUUUCACACAACCCUCCAACCGAAUAGUGCCCAACUUGAUGCGGUAAAGUUUGACCAAGAUGCAUUUCAGUCUGACAACGGACUACUUUCUGAUGUAUACGAUGUCGUUGGUCCAUCAGUUCAUUACGAAACUGAGCACAAAACAGAUAAACACGUUGUUGACCGGAAACCUUCGAAACCAUCCAUUCGAAGUCAAGUAGUUGAAAAUCUCAAUCGUUCACGACGUCGCUGGUGGUUUCAUCGUCAUUGUUCACCUAAUCAUAGACGUUUUUCUCCGCCGGCCUGUGAAUCAUCGUCUUUUUUUUCAAAUAAUCCGCAACAGCGACAACAGCAGGUAUCAUGCAAUAGGUCGAAUCAUUCAUCGUUAACCUCAUCAUCACAAUUGCCUGCAUUCAUUUGUGAAAUAUCACCACGUGGAAACAACAGUUUGUUAUCUUCCAGCCAACAGCCGUAUUUAACAUGGACACAUCGAAAUUGUAUACAACAUCGACAAACUGUUCUAACUGCACCACUGACGUCAAGUCGGUUAACUCCUGUCUGUGAUCAUGAUACUGUGAACAACGAUAACAACAAGUCGAUUAUCGAUCAUUCAUGGACUUCAUCAGCUGAUGUAUACCUUACAAAUAAACGUCAGUUGAUUUGUCUUCCGAAAGAUAUACAUAUUCUUGGAAACAAGAAGUACACUACAGUGGAAAACACCUAUCAGUUCAUUCAGCAAUCAUCAAUAUUUGCUAAUCAAUCAUUUACUUGUAGACAAUUCGAUCGUCUACGGUGUUCAAUGACACUAUCGAAUGCACAGAAAUCUUCUUGUAAACCUUUCAAAUCGUUCAUUGAUGUUGCUGUUGAUGCUCAAAUGUUAUUGUCUGCAUAUAGCCAACGGAAAUGCUCCUCUACUUUAUCGUCUAUCCCAGCGGAUGAAAUAUCAGUGGAUACAUCGAAUCCAGACGGUGUGAUCAAUAGUGGUACUUCAGAUAACGAGAAUCAACUGUAUUCCUCUGAUAGUAUACAAGUUACUGGUGCUUCUAAUUGUUCAUCGUCUCAUGAUGGUGAAACUAGUCGAAAGGUUUCCCUCAAAUCGGAUGAAUUGAUGAAACAGAUUUCAUUACCACCUUUAUCUACGUCCAAUUCACUGCUAUCUUCUGAGAGCUGUUUGCUUCAGAAAGACGCGUAAGUGAAUUUUUCCGUCCUCCAGUUAUUUAACCUGUACACACAGGUAUUGGUGGCACUAGCUAGCUAGUAACUAAUGUAAUGUGUCUAGUCCUUUUCGUUUUGGUGCAGGCUGUUUUGUUUCUUGCAUUUAACUCUACUUAAGUGUGACUGUACAUUUGUCAUUUUUGUUGUUACGCUUCUUCUUCCUCCGUAGUUGAAGUGUUCUUCCUGUGUUUUCCUGAGAACUUUCCUUUAAUACUGCUCAUUCAUCGUGAGCGCUAUCAGGUCCUAUUCUCAGAUAAGCCUUAUCAUAGUUUUUUGCAAAGAGGGAUUUUUGUGAACGAAUGAUAUUCUGUUGAUGAAUUUUCUUCAAUGUGUAAUUUUUCAUUGUACCUUACACACAGUACAUAAUUUACAGAUAACUACGUCGCCUGAUAUCUUGCAUUCAUUUUAUUCUUACUUUGUGGAAUAAUUAGAUAACCAAUAUUAAGUCGGGUAAGUGUGCUCUUUAAAUCAUCGUUCACGCGAAUUCCUAUUAGAAGUAAUAAUGAUGAUAAUAAUACAAAGAUCUACAGUUCGCUAGCAGAUUUGUUUGACCCCAAGGAAUAAUCGUGAGAUGUGUUUUCUCCAAACAGAACAGCUGAAAGACAAUAAUAGUCAAAUAAUUUCCGUGAGAAAUAAUUAUAUACUACAGUAUAGACUCGGUAGUACAGCGAUAGCAUGCUCUCGUCAACUACACCUCAAGUGGUCCAGGAUUGAAUCCUCGGCCGACGCACUCCUCGCUAACCCUUGUCACCUAACCGGUAGUAGAUCUGGUUAAGUGUGAUAUAAAACACCACUGCUACAGAAACUUCAAAAAAAACUCUUGCUUUUGAAGCCUUAUGAUGUUCCACUAGGAACUUAUAGGAUUAAAAAAUAGACUCCGUGGAGAGUGUUCGUCAAAAAAAAGUGAAAUAUGACACUUUUUUUGUCUGACUAAUAGAUAGAUAGUCAAUGUUCAUACGAUUCGAAUCGCGGCCAGCUCUAGCUAGUCUGAGUUGGAGUCCUAAAGCUUAUUUCAGACUUGGCGACCGGCUAGUGUAUUAUCACUCUUCAUACAAUAAGUGAGUGGUUCAUAUAUCGUUUAUAGACAGACGUCCGAGGAUUUCAUAGAGGAGAUCGUGUAUUGAGGAGGAGAUGAGAGACUAUGAUUAAUCAUGAAAGCAGCCAGCUAGAGGCGAGAAAAGAAGACUCUAGGAGGUCUGGAUUUCGCGCGUCGAUGUCUCACUUCACAAAAUCAACAAAAUAACUGAAGAAGCUGGCAGGGAAUACAGGACUUCAGCGGAACAUAGUAAAGAUGGAGGUGGUGAAAAUAACUAACCAAACAACAAUCAGCACCAAUCAUUAAAAUCAAACGAGAAAAUUUGAAAGACGGUACUUUGUGUCAUCACUUAUCUAGGAAGCCAGCAUUAUUUCAGCUACAGACAAUCGGUUCAACCAAUGAAGAUGUCAAAGCCAGCCACUCAGGAUCGAAAGUCAAGAUACACCAUCGUCAUCACUCUGAAAUCAGUUUGGAAAUCUUCUCCACUCCUCAGCAUAAAGGACAAAACUCGAAUUUUCUACAGAAACGGUAAGUCAGUUAGUUCUCCUACAUGGGUGUGUGUGUGUGUGUGCGUUUCUUGCAGCCAGAUACAGGCUUUUACCAACAACUAGGCAGAAAGAAUUAGCCAUAAUUGAACUCUAGGAACCAAUCAACCAACCAACGAAGAACCUGUUGCCGAACAAAUACGCGAAAACAAAAAUGAAGAUGGACCGCACACAUGCUAAGGAGAUCGUUGAUUAGUGACAAUAAGCGCCAGACACCAGGUCAUCACUUGAGUGGGACCGGAAUUCGGAACGAUGGGUGUUAUACUCUUUGGUGGGUGCAACCCUGACAUGGAGGAGAUCAUGUGUGGUGUAUAUAUAUAUAUAUAUAUAUAUAUAUUCUGUCUCUCCCUCCAUCUUCUCCAUGUUGUUUUUUGUCGCUUUCUAUAUCUCAUGUCGAUAGGCAGGCAUUGUGUCAUUCCGAUUGCACUUAUGCGGUGUUGAGUCAGUGAAAAAAGAUUUAGUGAUUAACUUCUUUGUCGCUGUCUCUACCUAACUAUAUUACAUUUGAAUACUUCUACCCUGUUCCAUGCUAUUGUGUGAAUAAAUGCAAGUAAAUGAGAUUCAAUGGCCGAGCUAAUUUUCUCUGUUAUUUAUCCUGAACCUCAAUACAAAAUACCUCAAUUCUAUGUGAACUAAUUCCUACAUAGUGAAACAGAAGUGGAUGAAAUUAAAAAGAUGCAAAAAUAACUAAUUUUGACAUAACCCUUUUUGUUGAUUAAUAUCUAAAUUAAUAUAUAUCUGUAUAGAGGCAGUCACGAAUAAAACGGACAUUCUUCCUGAACUCAAGUGUUGAUGUAAUAAUAUCAGGUGUUCAGUUAUGCCUGACCCCCACUGUAUUCAAAUUUCAAAAUAAACUAUUUUAACAAACGAACUGAUUGGUAUUGGGAUCACCGAUAUCCCCAAUAGUAGCAGACAUAUAAAUCUAUACUUGGUAAAAUAAAACUCUAAAAACCUUUAAACCUUUCCCAGAGGUAGAUUAUGGUGGAGACAUGCAAAUGACACAUUCUCUGUGUUGAAAUCUGAACAUAUCGCUCACUUUUUCACAAAUAUAUACACGUAAUAGUGGACAGAAUCCAAUUUACUUCUGAGUUAGAAAAUGAACAAGGCGAGUUGGCCACGAUAAAUUGUAGCAUAAAAUGAAAACAAUAUGGUGGAUUAGAUACUAGCAUUUGUAGGAAGCCGAUACACUCUGAUAAAUACUUAGACUUAAAGUCGAUAAAGGAAGAUUGGGUUAGGAUUUCAUCAUGAGCUGACAUUAGUUAGAGAACCAUUGGAAAACCUGGGAGUACUGGACAGCCGUUUCGUCCUAGUUUGGGACUCUUCAGCAGUACGCACCCACC